AUGUUUUGGGGUUUAAUAAUGGAGCCAAAAAAACGAUAUAGUCAAACCGUUGAAAUACCAUUUCACUUGUCUAUGGCGACUUUGGAUACUACAACCGGCAAUGAUGAAAUAGUGCAAGUUACGAUAACUUACAAUGAUACGAAUUAUUUACUUUGUAACCUGAAAAAAAGCACAAUGUGGCAAGUAUCACUUGACUUGAAUUUUGAAAAAGGAAAUGAAAUAACUUUUAUAUGUAAUGGUGAUAGUUAUGUACAUUUAACUGGAUAUUUGAAUCAUAAAUUAAUUUUGAAAGAACAAGAAGAAAAACGAAAUGAAGAUUCACAAACAGCUAAUAAACAAAUAAAAAGAAAAGCAACACAUUAUCCUAAUGUAACUUUAAAACCAAAACGAAUGAAAUGUGAAAUUGAAUCUUCGGAUGAAUUACAAUCUGAUUACAGUGAAUAUCUAACUGGGACUGAAAGCAAUGGAGCAGUUGCAAAAUCAGGAAAAUUGAUCUCCAUUUAUUAUACGGGUAAAUUAAAGAAUGGCAAGAAGUUUGAUGAGAGUAAACAGGGAAAUGGUUUUAAAUUUAAACUUGGAAGAAGUCAAGUGAUUAAAGGAUGGGACGUAGGUAUAAUAGGUAUGAAAGUUGGCGGAAAGAGGCAAAUUAUAAUUCCUCCUGCUAUGGGAUAUGGUGCUAAAGGUUUGCCCCCUUAUAUUCCUGGAAAUAGUACGCUUGAAUAUGAAAUUGAAUUAAGAAAUGUUCAAUGA